AUGCAGGCUCCCGUGCUUGUGAUGAACACCCAAGGUGGUGAACGGCAGACUGGGCGCAAGGCCCAGCUGUCCAACAUCGCUGCUGCCAAGACUGUUGCCGAUAUCAUUCGGUCGUGUCUGGGCCCCAAAGCGAUGCUCAAGAUGCUUCUCGACCCGAUGGGUGGCAUCGUGCUGACCAACGAUGGCCAUGCGAUCCUGCGAGAGAUCGAGGUCUCGCACCCGGCAGCCAAGAGCAUGAUCGAGCUGAGUCGGACACAGGACGAGGAGGUCGGCGACGGCACGACGACGGUGAUCAUCCUAGCGGGCGAGAUCUUGGCCCAAGCACUCCCACAACUAGAGCGCAACAUUCACCCGGUGGUGAUCAUCGCGGCAUUCAAGCGGGCGCUCAAGGACGCGCUCGAGAUCAUCGACGAGAUCUCGCUGCCCAUCGACAUCAAUGACGACAAGGCCAUGCACGGGCUGGUGUCGUCGUCGAUCGGGACCAAGUUUGUGUCGCGGUGGUCGGAGCUGAUGUGCGACCUGGCGCUCAAGGCGGUGCGCACGGUCUCGUGGGACGCCGGCAACGGCAAGCAAGAGGUGGACAUCAAGCGGUACGCGCGGGUGGAGAAGGUGCCGGGAGGCGAGAUCGAGGACAGCCGGGUGCUGGACGGCGUGAUGCUCAACAAGGACAUCACGCACCCCAAGAUGCGGCGGAAGAUUGUCAACCCACGCAUCGUGCUGCUGGACUGCCCGCUGGAGUACAAGAAGGGCGAGUCGCAGACGAACAUUGAGGUCACCAAAGAGGAGGACUGGAACCGCAUAUUGCAGAUCGAGGAGGAGCAGGUCAAGUCGAUGUGCGACGCUGUCCUGGCCCUCAACCCGGACCUGGUGAUCACGGAGAAGGGCGUUUCCGACCUGGCCCAGCACUACUUUGUCAAGGCCAACGUGACGGCGCUGCGCCGCGUACGCAAGACGGAUAACAAUAGGAUAGCACGCGCGACGGGAGCGACGAUUGUCAACCGGGUGGAGGACCUGCAGGAGAGCGACGUGGGAACAAAUUGCGGACUCUUUGAGAUUGAGAAGAUUGGCGACGAGUACUUUACGUUCCUGACGCAGUGCAAGACGCCCAAGGCCUGCACGGUGCUGCUGCGGGGGCCGUCCAAAGACGUGCUGAACGAGAUUGAGCGGAAUCUGCAGGAUGCCAUGGGGGUGGCGCGCAACGUCAUCUUCCACCCGCGACUGUCGCCGGGCGGUGGUGCGACGGAGAUGGCCGUGUCGGUGCGGUUGGCGCAGCUGGCCAAGAGCAUCGAGGGCGUGCAGCAGUGGCCGUACAAGGCGGUGGCGGACGCGCUUGAGGUGAUCCCGCGCACGCUGAUCCAGAACGCCGGCAAGAGCCCGGUGCGCGUGCUGACGGACCUGCGGGCGAAGCAUGCCGAGGGCAAGAGCUCGUGGGGCAUCAACGGCGACACCGGUGCGCUGGCAGACAUGAACGAGUACGGCGUGUGGGAGCCCGAGGCCAUCAAGGUGCAGAGCAUCAAGACGGCGAUUGAGGCGGCCUGUCUCUUGCUCAGAGUCGACGACAUUUGCAGUGCAAAGAGGGCACAGCCGGGUGUUGGCACGGGAGGAGGUGGUGGAGAUGAGUAA